AAGACAGCAGUAAUGCUAACUCUGGCAAGCAAGUUGAAGCGGGAUGAUGGUGUCAGAGGACCCCGUGCAUCCAAUCCAGCUUCUGAUUCAACUCGGAGGGUUUCUGUUCGAGAUAAAUUACUUGUUAAAGAGGUUGCAGAACUUGAAGCUAAUUUACCUUGUACAUGUAAAGUGAAUUUUCCCGACCCAAACAAGCUUCAUUACUUUCAGUUAACUGUAAUCCCAGAUGAGGGCUAUUACCAAGGUGGAAAGUUUCAGUUUGAAAUUGAAGUUCCUGAUGCCUACAAUAUGGUGCCUCCAAAGGUAAAAUGCUUGACAAGGAUCUGGCAUCCGAACAUUACAGAGACUGGAGAAAUCUGCCUAAGUUUAUUGAGAGAACAUUCAAUUGAUGGCACUGGCUGGGCUCCAACUAGAACAUUAAAGGAUGUUGUCUGGGGGUUAAACUCUUUAUUUACUGAUCUUUUGAAUUUUGACGAUCCUUUGAAUAUUGAGGCUGCAGAGCAUCAUUUGCGUGACAAGGAGGACUUUCGGAAUAAAGUUGAAGAUUACAUUAAGCGCUAUGCGAGAUGAUGAAGGGAGAUGGAUGGCAGGACCAUGGCUUCCACACUAGAGUUGUCCUUAACUUUAACAACAACAACAACAAAACCAGCCCGGAUUGUACUAGUCCUGUGUCCAUGUUGUACUGAAGAAGAAAACUAACUUCAUAACUUGUCCAUGUUAAAAGGCGAGUUCAGCAUAAAUACAGCAAGAAAUUGUGUAUGUUGAUUGAAAAAGUUGUUUGCUUACUUUUAAAAAUGUUUACUCUUCUGAACUGUACUGUAUAUCCUGUUGAUGAGAUAUGCUUGAGAAGUUAAAAGAAAUCACUAUUGAAAUUGUAA